AUGUCUGCUGCCAAUGGAGCAUCUCGAGUUCUACCGCAACCGGUUCAUGUCGUAUCAUCCCCUCUAGUUUCAGUGGUUCACUCUGGAGAAAUACGUGUGUUUGGUCUCACGAGACACGCUCCUUUAUAUCUUGCUGCUCUUAAAGGCGACUGGAAAACUGCUGAAGCAUACCUGUUUCGAAACCCGGAAGCAGCUUCUGCAAAGAUUACAAGAGGUUUAGAAACUGCUCUUCACAUUGCAGCUGGUGCAAGACAUACCAAAUUCGUGGAAAAUCUGGUUAGAAAGAUGACACAAAGCGAUUUGGCUGAGAAGAACCGAGCAGGCAAUACAGCUCUUUGCUUUGCAGUUGCUUCUGGGGUGAAAGAGAUUGCAGAGGCAAUGGUGAAAAAGAAUGCAAACUUGCCUUUCAUUAGAGGAAAUCAAGAUGCAACACCUCUCUACAUGGCUACUUUGUUAGGCCACAAAGAUAUGGUGUGGUAUCUUUACUCUAUCACUCAUGAGUAUAUAAACGAUGAACAACGUAUUCAACUUCUUGUUGCAGCCAUCACUUCGGAUUUAUUUGAUGUAGCCUUGGACAUAAUUAGACGCCACCCAGACACAGCCAUUGCUACGGAUGAGAAAGGAGAAACGGCACUUCAUGCAUUGGCUCGAAAGCCUUCUGUUUUCAACAGCAAAACUCAGUUGGGUAUAUGGAAGAGAUUCAUCUAUCCAUAUCUUUACGUGGAGCUGCCAAAAAAUCCCCAUUCUUCCUCAACUGCACCUCGACAAUCAACCACAAACUCUUCUGUGACACGUUACAUGAAAAUUAUAUUCACACGAGUCAUUAAAUUUCUAGUGCCAGGUACAAAAAGUAUCUACAAGACAAAGCUAAUGCAUAGCCAAGCUCUUGAGCUGACCAAAGAACUUUGGAGGUUUGUCUUGUUAGAAGAUGAGACAUAUGUUCAAGAGUUAAUCAGGUCUCCUUCAAGAUUAUUAUUUACAGCUGCAGAGCUGGGGAUUGUUGAGUUCAUAGUGAUUCUUAUCCGCUCUUAUCCUGAUCUUAUUUGGAAAGUUGAUGAUAAAAACCGAAGCAUAUUUCAUAUUGCAGUUAUGCACCGCCAAGAAAUGAUUUUUAGUCUCAUUUAUGAAAUUGGUGGUCUUAAGGAUUUGAUUGCAGCUUAUAAAGAUGCUGAUGGUAACAACAUGCUCCACUUUGCUGGAAAACUACCUCCUUUGGAUCGAGCUAAAGCUGAUUCCAGUGCAGCACUGCAAUUGCGCAAAGAACUCCGCUGGUUCAAGGAAGUUGAAAAGAUUGUGCAACCUUCAUUUAAGGACAUGGUAAACAAAGAAGGGAAAACACCUCAGACCAUAUUUGCAGAAGAGCAUAAAUGUUUGGUAACAGAAGGUGAAAAAUGGAUGAGAAACACAGCAUCUUCAUGCAUGGUUGUGGCUACACUGAUUGCUACUGUGAUGUUUGCUGCUGCUUUUACUGUACCCGGUGAGAAUGAUGAGACAGGAGUGGCAAACCAUCUAACAGAGAAAUCCUUCUUGGUCUUCAUUAUUUCAGAUUCACUUUCUCUCUUCUCCUCCUCCAUGUCGAUUCUAAUGUUCUUGUCAAUCCUCACCUCACGCUAUGCACAAGAAGAUUUUCUUGAUUCAUUACCGAACAAACUGGACUUAGCCUCGGAGAAGAUGAUUGGCAGUGCUAUGAAGGACUCAGGACUAUACCUUCUACCAGUCACAACUUUUUUUUCAAAUGGACAAACUUUGAGUACAAAAUAA